AUGAGAACCAGCGGAGACAAGAUGAAAGACAUUACCAUAAUCGAGAAGAUUCUUCGAUCGAUGACCUUGAAGUUUAAACACGUGGUCUGCUCGAUUGAGGAAUCAAAGGAUCUUGAUGCCCUUUCCAUUGAAGAAUUGAUGAGUUCGCUGAGAGUCCACGAGCAACGGAUUAAUCAGCAUGUAGCAGUGGAGCAAGCAUUGCAGCUACAAUACUCAGCCAACAACCAAUCUUUCCAAAAGAAGGGAUACGGUCAAGGAAGGAGAAGAAGUAACAGCAGUAACAAUGAUCACUCCACACAUGGCAAUCAAGUUCAUGACCCCAAAGAUGUCAAAAGGUAUGGUCAUUAUCGUUUUGAAUACAGGACUAAAUUGUAUCAAGAAAGGGGAGCAAAAUCAAAUUUUGCAGAGAAAGAAGAAGAGGUUUCUCUUCUUAUGGCUUGCAACAUAACUGAAGAUACCCAUAAAAGAAUGUGGUACUUGGACACGGGAUCUAGUUUGAAAACUAAUCUGUUAAGUGUAGUUCAACUUCAAGAAAAGGGAUAUGAGAUCAUCAUUAAAGAAGGAACCUGCAUAAUUCAAGAUCCAAAGAUGGGUCUGAUCACUCAAGUGAAUAUGACAGCAAAUCGGAUGUUUCCUCUAUACAUCCAGAAUGAUAUCCUUUCUUGCUUUUCUGCUAUGGUGAAAGAUUUAGCUUGGCUAUGGCAUUUUCACUAUGAGCAUCUGAACUUCUCUGGUUUAAAGUUGCUCCAUCAAAAGAAUAUGGUGACUGGUUUUCCACAGAUUGAUCAUCCUUAG